AUGAGAACUUUAAUCUUCUUAUCAUUUACAAUAUUUACCGCCUUUUCGAAUGAUUGUAAACCACCUCAAGACUAUUGCCUAACAUGCACGACAGAUGAUCCACAAAAAUAUAAAAAUUGUAAACCGGAAUAUUUUUUAAAGGAAGGAAAAUGUACAUCCUGUUCAGCUGGCUGUUCUAUAUGCACUGAUAUAACUACUUGUACUGUAUGUAAAAAUGGGUAUUAUCUUGAAGAAAAUAAUUGCAAAUUAUGUUCUAAUAAUUGUGAUAAAUGUACUGGUGCCACUGCCUGCACUUCUUGCAAAACUGGUUAUUAUGUCGAAGGAGGUACAUGCACACAAGAAGCCGAGUGUAAAGAUUCUUUAACAGGAUGUUUGAAAUGUAAAAAUGAUCAAAAAACUUGUGUUUCAUGCAAAGCUGGUUUUUAUCUUGAAGGGAGUAAAUGCACAGUAUGUAAAACUGAAUGUAAAGAAUGUAGUAGUGCCACCACUUGUACUAGUUGUAGUGAUGGAUAUUAUCUAAAUGGUAAUUAA